AUGUCAGGAGCAAAAAACUUGGGAAAAUUGGUCCUAAGCCACAAGAGAGAUGAGUGGUUGCAAUCAGUACCAUUAUACAAAAGGACAACAGAAAGGAGUUAUGCAGCUGCUCUGAAAGUGUCACAUGGAUUCCUCCAUAACUUGAAGAAAAAGGGCAGAUUAAGAACACAUACAAGCACCAACCAUCCAUCACUCACAUCAAAUCACAAAUUGGCUAGAUUGAAGUGGGCAUUAGGGCAUAUUCACCCUAUUCCACCAGUUGGGGAUCUAACUUUCAUGGACAUGCAACAGGUUAUACACAUAGAUGAAAAAUGGUUCUAUAUGAACCCUGAAACAAGGAGGUUCUACCUCCUACUAAAAGAAGAAAAUCCCUACAGAUUUCAACAGUCCAAGAGAUACAAAAUUAAAGCUAUGUUUAUGUGGAUGAUUGGUAAGCCACUAUAUGAUAUCAAUGGAAAUAUGUUGCAUGAUGGUAAGUAUGGUAUUUUUCCAUUUACUUACCAGCAAAGGGCUAAGAAGAAAAGCAAGAACAGAGAUGUAGGUGUCCUUGAGACAAAGGCAGUUCAGAGUGUGACCAAAGAAAAAAUCAGGAAAAUGCCACAUCAAAUUCCCAGGGAUGAGGAAUUCAUUGCAGCAUGUAUUGCUAAUGGAAACAUCCAAAUGGUGUUUCAACCAGUUCAAUCUUCAGAUCUUAAUGUCCUAGAUCUUGGGUUGUUUAAGGUCAUUCAGUCUUUGCAAUACCAGUCCUUUCUCACUACAAUAGAUGAACUAAUUGAGAAAGUAUAUGAAGCAUAUGAGUGGUUUAAUCUAAUAGUGAACAAGUACACAUGGAUCACUUUGCAAUCAGUGAUGAAAAAGAUUUUAGAGAAGGAAGGAGGCAAUAACUUUAAUCCACCUCAUAUGGCAAGAAAAGAUCAAAUCAAUGCAGAAUACAGUCAAAUGGAGGUGGAUGCAGACUAG